AUGACUUUAGGAGACGGGCGUCGGACAGAGUUCGUGGAGUCCCCGAAGGCAGUAAAAGAACCAAUUGCCCUUCCCCCCCACUCGGGCACAACCGACGAGUCUGUGCCUGCCCCCAGGAGGUUUGGAGCCGCCACAAGCGGCCCUGUGCGGGCAGGCCACCGCUGGAAGGGCCUCCCCAGGUGCAACCUAAACCAAUCACAGACCCACAAGGGGUACGCUGCACCAUCACUUCAAACGCCAAACGCUGCAAGGACUCCAGGAGCCCCUGCCUCUCUGCACCAUUCGUUGGGCGGCGUGACGGCGUCCCAAACGUUGGAACCUGUCAGAUGCCGCCCUGGCGUUUGCACGGAACUGCGGCUGCGGCUGCGCAAGGGAGUUGACGCUCCUUGCCCCGUGGGCCGCAUCGUUGCAUCGCGGGACAUGCCACUAAUCGAGUUCGUUGGCUGCGAAGCAGUAAGAAUGACGGACGCUCUGCUUGACGUCUUGCCCAAACAAGAGAAGACGGAAACGAAGACUGGGGUUGAGUUGACGAAUAGAGCCAGGAGAAAAGAGCGGCUGACGAGUGUCAGUGUCUCUCCCCGUCCCUCAUAUCUGAGCAAGCUGCUCAUCUGCUCGUCUCCUUCUUCCCACGCCUUGGCUAUUAUCUCACAGCUUCACUCGCCAGCUCAAGGCCGCCCACAUCAGCAGUGUUUGAUCGCACCUUCUUGCCCUUCCAGGCGCGCCCUCGUCCUCGCCCUCGCCCUCACCCUCUUACGGAUACUCUCCCUUCCUCUGAUCGCUCCGUCCCUUCUCUCUUCCUCCCUAUUCCCAGCCGGACCGACGCCGACACAGACGCAACUGCCCGUCGCCUGGUCUCACCGACACCCGAGUGGCUUCCUCGACACCUCGACUUCCAAGGUCCGACCCUCCAACUAA